AUGAAGAACGUGUGUAAUUUCUGUAAGAAAGAGAUACCGACUCCGGAGGUGAUGAUCGAUCAACUUGAGUAUCAUUACGAGUGUUUGGUUUGUCAAGGCUGUAAGAAAAGUGUCAUUGACGCCCCUUUUCGCAUGAGAGACAACGUUAUAUACUGUAACAAUUGUUUCAAAAAGGCAAUAUCUGUGUACUGUGCAGGAUGUAAAAAACUUAUUCAGGGAAGCAAUCGAAUUCACGUUAUGGGAAAGAACAUUUCGUUUGCUUCAGUUGUCAAACUGUGUUGCAACCUUCUUUUUACAAGGCAAAAACAAUUUGUGUCGAUGGUUACACAGCCCUUCGUUCCUUUUGCAACAAUUGCGCUCAGCGACUGGAGAACUCUCUCUGCCCGAAUUGUAACCAAGCUUUAUAUGACUUGCUGGAAUUCAACAACGGCAGCUACUCCCACAUUGAUUGUUCGAUGA